GACCAGUUACUGAUUUAAAAGGUCCAAUGCAGUCUGUGGCUUAGUGGGGAAUAUUAUUGUAUGAAGUAACUAAGUAAAGAAAAAAAAUCACGAAAUCUCCCCGCUUGCUUUUGUUGCCAGUUCAGCUCCAUGGUCCUGGACAGCACCUCAAAAAUAAGAAUUCACAAUUGCUCUAUAGCACAACACUACUAAAGGUACUAAAUAUACAGAAAAAGAGGGAUAAAUUACUGCAAAGAUAAAUUAAAUAAGAGACAACCAUUAUAUUACAUUUCUAGUGAAAAAAUACCACAGUAAUUGGGCUACAUGGGUUUAAGUGCAAAGAUAGCAUAUGGUAAAAUAAUAGAUAUAAAUAUGCAAACAUGCAUGUGCUAUUGCUAUAGACUUUCUGCAUUAACACAUAUGUGUAGACAACAUAUAAAAAUGUUCUUAUUGGAACAAUAAAGUGAGCUGGUUAUUGUUUCUAUAUAGAGGAUUACUUUAAUGUUGUAACAAAAAAAAAGAUUCUGAAAAAAAUAUUCUGAAAGAAUUGACAGCUUCGUAAUAUGUCUAAUAGGCUGUGGGUAGAAACUUUUCUUUACCUUGUGGAUUCUACAGUACUGAAUGUAAGAUGAUAGUAACAGAUUGACGUUUUAUUUAUUUAUUUGUCUGUAUUAUUUAACAAAUACAAGAUCGAAAAGGUAAAAUUUGGUUUUAAUUAAUGAACACAAUAAGUGACACAAGACACUAAACGAGACUAAACUGCAAUUCCUAAAAAAUGCUCUUAGGGUCGCUGUUCACCAGCAAAGGGAAAUGAAAUACUCCACUCCACCCUUCUCAUGAAACAUUUUACUUUCCCCUUUUAUGCCGAGAUCCGUAGCUGCAACAUAACGCUGUGUUUACUGUAGAAGAUACUAAGCUUUAAUAAUUGGGACUUCUGAACGUUGCGAGAAUGGGGCGACAGGUAUUUACUUGUCGUACUUUGAUUCUGUUGGCGUGCAUCUGCAUUUUCUUUCCCAUGGUUCAUGGAGAUUUGAGCUACACGGUGUCCGAGGAGACGAAGCGUCAGUCUGUGAUUGGAAAUGUAGCAAAGGAUCUCGGACUCGACGUUAAACGGUUAUCUUCCCGGAAGGCUCGGGUAGAGAAAGAAGGUACUACGAAACGAUACUGCGACAUUAAUCUGAGCAGUGGCAAUUUGGUCGUGUCGGAAAUCAUGGAUCGAGAGAAGCUUUGUGGAUCGAAAAUAACCUGCAUUCUUAAUUACGAGCUCGUGUUGGAAAACCCUCUCGAAGUGCAUCGCGUGUCUCUGCAAAUUGAGGACAUAAAUGACAACGCUCCACGGUUCCCUAAUGACCGGAUCAUGUUUGAAAUCACAGAAUCUGCGGACAAGGGAGAAAUUUUCCCCUUGGAUGAAGCUCAUGACUCCGAUAUAGGACAAAACACAGUUCAAGGAUAUACACUUCAAAGGAAUGAUCAUUUCAUUUUGUCAGUACAUGAAACCGCUGAAAGAGGAAAAUACGCUGAAUUAGUGUUGGAGAAAGAGCUCGAUCGAGAGGAGCAAAAUGAAAUAAAUUUAAUACUCACAGCUACAGAUGGAGGCACUCCACAGAGAUCUGGUACUGUACUUAUCCACAUCAGUGUCCUUGAUGCUAACGACAAUACUCCAGUUUUCAGUCAGCCUGUUUACAGAGUUACUCUCUCUGAAAACGCACCUUUAGGUUCAAGUGUAGUUACAGUGAGCGCCACAGAUGCCGAUGAAGGGGCGAAUGGAGAAGUCAGUUAUGAGUUUAGUCGUAUAUCUGAAAGCACAGCAAAGCUAUUUUCUAUUGACAAGACAACUGGUGAGAUUAAGGUAAAUAUGAAUAUUGAUUAUGAGGAGGAAACAUCUUAUGAAAUGAGAGUACAGGCCAAAGAUGGCGCUGGUUUAGCAUCCUCUGCGAAAAUUGUCAUAGAUGUGACUGAUGUAAAUGACAAUGCACCUAAAAUUAUUCUAAAAUCUCUAAAUGACCCUGUACCUGAGAAUGCUGUUAUAGGCACUGAAGUGGGUAUUAUUAACGUUCAAGAUGAAGACUCAGGAGAUAAUCGAAAGAUACGCUGCUCCAUUCAGCAAAAUGUUCCUUUUAAAUUAAAUCCAUCUAUUAAAAACUAUUUUUCUUUAAUAACUACAGAUGCACUAGACAGAGAAAAGGAAGUAGACUACAACAUAACCAUCACUGCCACUGAUGGAGGAUCUCCACCAUUAUCCUCAUUCAUAACUAUACAUUUAUCAGUAUCAGACAUAAAUGAUAACCCACCUGUAUUUAAAGAACAGUUCUACAGUGCAUAUGUACCUGAGAAUAACAAAGCAGGUGCUUCUAUUUGUUCUGUUACUGCGAGAGAUCCAGACUGGAGGCAGAACGGUACAGUUCUGUAUUCUCUGAUGUCCAGUGAGGUCAAUGGUAUUCCAGUGUCUUCAUUUUUAUCUGUGAAUGGAGACACAGGCGUGAUUCAUGCUGUGAGGUCAUUUGAUUAUGAACAAUUCAGAAGCUUCAAAGUCCAGGUUGUAGCCAGAGACAAUGGUUCACCUCCACUCAGCAGCAACACAACUGUGAGUGUGUUCAUAUCAGAUGAGAAUGAUAACUCUCCACAUAUAUUAUACCCUGCUCCAGAAGGAAAGUCAUUAAUGACUGAGAUGGUCCCUAAAGCUGCUCUGUCAGGCUCUCUGGUCUCCAAGGUGAUCGCUGUGGAUGCUGACUCUGGACAGAAUGCAUGGCUGUCCUAUCACAUUAUAAAGUCUACUGAUCCAGGACUCUUUACCAUUGGUCUACACACUGGAGAGAUCAGGGCACAGCGGGACAUCACUGAAUCUGACAACAUGAAGCAGAACCUUGUUAUUUCAGUGAAGGAUAAUGGACAGCCUCCUCUUUCUACAACCUGUUCUGUGUAUUUACUUAUUUCUGACAACCUUGCUGAAGUUCCAGAACUUAAAGACAUGACUUAUGAAGAGAACAACUCCAACCUUACAUCAUAUUUGAUCAUCGCACUUGUUUCAGUGUCCACUUUCUUUCUGACUUUCAUUAUUCUGAUCCUGGCUGUGAAGUUUUGUCACAGAAGAAAGCCCAGACUGUUGUUUGAUGGAGCAGUCGCCAUUCCCAGUGCAUAUCUCCCUCCCAACUAUGCAGAAGUUGAUGGAGCUGGAACACUUCGUAGUUCUUAUAAUUACGAUGCGUAUCUAACAACAGGCUCACGCACCAGUGACUUUAAGUUUGUCCGAUCCUACAAUGAUAAUACACUUCCUGCCAGUGGCACUCUCAAAAUGUUCCAGGAUGAUCCAUUUGGUUCAAGCAUUAUCACCACUGAUUGCAAUGAGGUGAGCAAUCUUAUCUUAUGAGGGUUUUUUUGUAUAUAUGUGUAUGCACAGCCAGAUGGGUUGAACAAUACUGCGUCUUCUUUGUG